GGACAUGCGCAUAGCGUGCGAUUCUGAAGAGCGGCAAAAACAUCAUUGGUGAAGAUGCGAUAGUUGUACACGUUACCACAGCAACGAUUUUUCUUCCGCAAGCAUGGCAGACAAGACUGCACCAGACUCUCAGCUGCGACUUGAGUGGGUUUUUGGCUACAGAGGCCACCAAUGUCGCAAUAAUCUUUAUUACACAGCUAACAAAGAUUUGGUUUAUUUCGUGGCAGGUGUGGGUAUUGUUUACAAUGUACGGGAUCGAAAGCAAAAAUUUUUCCUUGGACAUGAUGAUGACAUUGUAAGUUUAACGCUGCAUCCAGACCGGACACUGGUGGCAACAGGGCAGAUAGGGAAAGCACCCUACAUAUGUGUAUGGGACACUGUAACUACUGAAACUGUGUCCAUCUUAAAGGAUGGCCAUCAACAUGGUGUUGGCGCAGUGGGUUUCAACAAAGAAGGCACUCGACUGGUUUCAGUUGGGAUGGACCAGCAUUCUGUGAUCAACAUCUGGGACUGGAGAAGGGGCAAAAUUAUAGCAACAGCAAGAGGACAUUCAGACAAAGUCUUUGAUGUGCAAUUUCAACUUUACAAAGAGAAUAUGGUGGUCUCCUGUGGAGUCAAGCAUAUAAAGUUUUGGUCUCUUUCUGGGAACACUCUUUCACCUAGAAAGGGAGUGUUUGGAAAGACAGGAGAGAUUCAGACUAUGCUUUGUCUGGCUUUUGGUCCUGAGUCCACAACUUAUGCAGGUACCCUUAGCGGUGAUGUGUACAUUUGGCGAGAGAGCACUCUGGACAGAGUCGUGUCACUGGCCCAUAAUGGUCCAGUCUAUACCCUUGCUAUGUGUGAAGAGGGAUUUGUAUCUGGAGGUAAAGAUGGUAUUGUUAAGUUGUGGGAUGUGGACUUCAAGCCUGUCACAAACAUCAGUCUUGUCAAUGCACCUUCUGGCUACAAAGGACUUUGCAUCAGGAGUGUUUGUUCAAGAGGUGACUAUGUUUUGAUUGGAACACAAGAAAGUGAAAUCUUUGAGGUGCAGAUAAAAAAUCGUGAGAAGCCAAAAUGUUGGGUGCAGGGUCAUGCAGAAGGAGAAUUAUGGGCCUUGGCUGUCCACCCCAAAAAGCCCAUCUUUGCUACAGGCAGUGAUGAUCAAACUGUAAGAUUGUGGAAUAUGAACAGCUAUGAAUUGCUCUCUAGAACUACAGUGGAACAAAAAGUGCGCUCCUGUAGCUUUGAUGCUGAAGGCCAGCACCUGGCCUUGGGCAUGAUGGAUGGCUCAUUCCUGGUUCUGAAUACUAGAGAUCUGUCAGAAAUAAUUCAUAUCAAGGAUCGCAAGGAAGUGAUUCAUGAGAUGAAGUACUCACCCUGUGGUAAAUUCCUAGCUGUAGGUUCCAAUGACAACUUUGUUGACAUCUACUCUGUAGAACAGCGCUAUAAGCGGGUGGGUACUUGCUCAGGAAGCUCCAGUUUCAUCACACAUAUAGACUGGUCUGUAGACAGCAAGUUUUUGCAGACCAACAGUGGCGCUGGAGAACAUCUCUUUUUCAGGAUGCCAACUGGGAAACAGGUGACAAGCAAAGAGGAGAUACAGAGCAUACACUGGGCAACAUUUACUGGAGUGCUAGGAGCUGAAGUCAAUGGUAUUUGGGAAAAAUACACAGACACUAAUGACGUCAAUGCCACAGAUGCCAACUUCAGUGCACAAGUUACAGUCACGGGUGAUGAUUUUGGCUGGGUCAAACUGUUCCGCUUUCCAUGCUUAAAAAAAGGUGCUAAAUUUAGGAAGUACGUGGGACACUCUGCACAUGUCACAAAUGUACGCUUUUCUUCAGACAAGCAAAGAGUGAUCACAACAGGUGGUGCUGAUCAUGCCAUUUUUCAGUGGCGUUUCCUGUCACAAGGCACUGGUCAUGAUGAUGAUCUGCCUGAUGUCCACAAUGCUUAUGUGGAUUCCAACAGUGAAGGAAGUGAUUCUGAACUGUCAGAUGUAGCUUCUUUGGAUUCUGAUGUGGAGCAAGAGAAACAGAUUCAGUAUCAGCGCUGCCUGUAUCGUGAAGAUGCUGCACAGAUGAAAAAGCUUAUACAACAGGAGAUAAAGCCUGGAGAAAAACGCAAACAAGGACCCAAUGAUGGUCUGCGACUGGAGUAUGUCCAUGGAUAUCGAGGAUAUGACUGCCGCAAUAACCUGUUUUACACCCAGACAGGUGAAGUUGUUUAUCAUGUGGCAGCAGUUGGGAUAGUGUACAACAAGGAGAAGAACCAACAGCGAUUUUACACGGAACACUCUGAUGACAUUCUGUGUCUCUGCAUCCAUCCUCUUAAAGACCUUAUUGCUACAGGACAGGUUGGACGAGAUCCUAGCAUUCAUGUCUGGGAUGCAGAAACUUUGAAGACUGGAGCCAUUCUCAAGGGCCAACAUGAAAGAGGUGUUUGUGCUGUGGAUUUCUCAGCUGAUGGCAGGCAUCUUGCAUCAGUUGGGUUGGACGAUAACCACUGUAUAGUUGUGUGGGACUGGAAGAAGGGAGAAAAACUAGCUACCACCAGGGGACACAAAGACAAAAUUUUUGUGGUAAAGUGGAAUCCUUUUGAUGCAACCAAACUGGUCACAGUCGGUGUCAAACACAUCAAGUUCUGGAAUCAGACAGGAGGAGGUUUCACUUCCAACAGAGGUACAGUAGGUCAGGUGGCUAAACUAUGUGACAUGAUGUGUGUGUCAUAUGGUAAAACAGCAGAUGUUUGCUUCUCUGGAGGCGCAGAUGGCAACAUCUUCAUAUGGAAUGGAUUGGUCCUCCAGAAAGUAGUCAAGGCCCAUGAUGGCCCUGUUUUUGCCAUGCACUCACUUGACAAAGGCUUUGUGACUGGUGGCAAGGAUGGUGUUAUUGGUCUUUGGGAUGACCAGUUUGAGAAAUGUCUUAAAACAUACAGCAUUAAAAAAGCAUCCAUUGCCCAAGGGUCAAGGGGCAUACUAACAUUGGAAUCGCCUGCUGUACGUGCCAUUGUACUAGGUCAUGGCAAGAUUUUGGUAGGCACUGUGACUGGAGAAAUUCUUGAAGUGGACAAAGCUGGACCUAUGUCUAUUCUAGCACAGGGCCACAUGCAGGGAGAGCUGUGGGGGUUGGCUACCCAUCCUGCUAAACCCUUGUAUGCCACAGUCAGUGAUGACAAGACCUUGAGAAUCUGGUCUUGUGAAGAUGCCCAUCAGCUUAUAAGCAUGAAGGAACUGAAGCAUGCUGGCCGUUGUGUUUGUUUUUCACCUGAUGGAAAGUUCCUUGCUGUUGGGUUUAAGGAUGGAAGUUUCACAGUGGUAAAUGCAGACACAUUGGAUCCCGUGGCAUCAUUUCAUCACAGGAAAGAAGAAAUUUCAGAUAUACGUUUUUCACCAGACAUAGGAAAGUAUUUGGCUGUAGCAUCCCAUGACAACUUUGUUGACAUCUAUAAUGUCCUGGGUAGCAAGCGCAUUGGCACCUGCAAAGGAGCUUCAAGUUACAUCACUCAUAUUGACUGGGAUAAAAAAGGCAAAGUUCUUAUGGUGAACUCUGGAGCGAAAGAACUGCUUUUCUUUGAGGCUCCUAGAGGAAAACGAAUCACGAUCAACAGCUCAGAGAUUGAAAAAUUCAGCUGGUCAACAUGGACAGGUGUGCUUGGUGCAGCUUGUGAAGGAGUGUGGCCUCCAAAAAGUGAUGUAACUGAUGUCAAUGCUGCAUGUUUGUCACCUGAUAAUACUCUCCUGGCUACUGCUGAUGACUUUGGUUUUGUUAAACUAUUUAGCUACCCUGUAAAGGGGAAGUUUGCCAAGUACAAGAAGUAUGUUGGUCACAGCGCCCAUGUCACUAAUGUUCGAUGGACAGGUGAUGGCCGCAGACUGAUUUCAACUGGGGGUGCUGAUACAGCUGUGAUGGUGUGGACUCGUCAGUCUGUAGGAGAAAGAGGACUGUCUAAAGGAGAUAGUGAUGACUCUGAUACUGACUCAGAAGAAGAAGGUUAUGACAGUGAUGUAGAGAGGGAGAAGAAUAUUGAUUACACCACAAAGAUCUUUGCCACAUCUGUUCAGAGGAAGGAGGGUGUGCGUCCAAACCUGCAAGAAAUUGAGGAAGUUAAAAAACCAGCUGUCAGUCGUAAUGCACCAGAGCCUCCCAAGGUGAAGAUGGCAGAGCCAGUUACAACAGGCGGCAAGAAGAGGAAAAUAACACAAGUGACAAACCUUGAGUUGGAACGCAUCCAGGGGUACAGAGGGUUUGAUGCUCGCAGCAAUUUGUUUUAUGUUAAUGAUGGCAGUGAUAUUAUCUUCCACGCUGCUGGUGCUGGCAUUGUGCAGAACCUGUCCUCAGGUGCUCAGUCAUUCUACCUUAAACACACUGAUGACAUCAUUGCACUUGCUGUCAAUAAACAUCCAAAAUUUCGCAAUGUCAUUGCUACAGCACAGAUCAGUGAUGUGCCAACUGUGCACAUCUGGGAUGCCAGCUCAAAAGAUACUCUGUCAGUCCUGCAGGGAAAUCACAAAACUGGAAUAUGCUCUCUGGACUUUUCUUGCACUGGCAAGAUGCUUCUGACAGUUGGGCUGGAGAAUGAGCACAAUAUUAUUAUCUGGCGGUGGCAGGAUGGUGUCAAGGUGGCAGGUGCACCAGGUCACAGCAAGCGCAUUUUCCGAGCAGAAUUUCGGCCUGACUCUGAUACUCAGUUUGUGACUGUAGGUGUCAAACAUGUAAAAUUCUGGUCAGUCGCUGGAGGCCAGCUUGUUGGGAAGCGGGGAAUAAUUGGUGCUGUGGCCAGUCCAUCAGGUCCCAUGUACAAAAUGCAGACCAUGCUAUCUGUUGCAUUUGGGACGAAUAAUGUGACAUACACAGGAGCCAUCAGUGGUGAUGUUUAUGUGUGGCAGGACUCAAGCCUAACACGUGUGGUGACAAAGGCACAUAAUGGACCUGUUUUUGCCAUGUUUACAACUCUUAGAGAUGGUCUUCUUGUCACAGGUGGAAAGGAAAUAUCAUCUAAAGACAGUGGACCUGUUAAGCUGUGGGACCCAGAGAUGAAAAGGUGUCGAGCGUUUCCAAUCACAGAGGCUGGAACUGCAUUGGAGAGUGUGAAAUCUGUCUGUCGAGCAAAAGGAAAAAUUCUUGUAGGUACACGUAAAAAUCAAAUUCUAGAAGUGAAUGAGAAAACAGGCAAUAUGCAGCUUCUGAUGUCUGCACAUGCUGAGGGGCUGUUGUGGGCACUGGACUGUCAUCCCCUAGCUGCCCGCUACAUCACUGCUGGCUUUGACAACACACUCCGCCUCUGGGACAUACCAAACAAGUCAAUGGUUGCCAGAAUGGAAGUUGGAAGUGCACGGUCUGCCUCAUUCAGCCCAGAUGGAGAUUUGAUUGCAGUCGGUCUGAAAACUGGUGAAUUCAUCUUGCUGGCCACAGCAGGCUUCAAGCUCUGGGGACGUAAACGAGAUAGAUCUGCUCCCAUUAAUGAUAUCAGGUUUAGCCCAGACUCCAAAAUACUUGCUGUUGGAUCUGAGGAUUGCUGUGUGGACUUUUAUGAUCUGACUUCUGGUCCUUCCCUAACUCGCACUGGGUACUGCAAGGGUAUCCCUAGCUUUGUCAUCCAGAUGGAUUUUUCAGCUGACAGCCAUUACAUUAGGGUAAGCACUGGAGCUUACAUCAACCAAGUGUUUGUGGUACCUGCUGGCAACCUACUAGAGGAUGAGGCGAUCAUAAACAAGAUUACCUGGAAUACCUGGACGAGUGUCCUUGGGAAAGAAGUUUUGGGAAUCUGGCCUAAGGAUUCAAGUAAAGCUGAUAUAAACUGUGCUGACCUGUCUCAUCUUGGCAAUGCAUUGGCUACUGGUGAUGAUUUUGGAUCUGUCAAGUUGUUCGAGUUCCCUUGUCCAGACAAGUUUAACAUGGCACCUCACAAAACAUUUGUUGGCCAUUCGGCACAUGUGACGGGCGUGCGCUUCACAUUCGAUGAUAAAUAUCUCAUCAGCAUUGGAGGCGAUGAUUGUUGCAUAUUCAUAUGGAAAUGCAUUUGAAAGGAUUUGCUUACAACCCUAGAGCUAUGACUAACAGCAACAUUGUCAACACUGCCACCCAGACAGGGCCGUGCUUAUGGGCAGGCGGACGAGGCAUCUGCCUAGGGCCCCGCGCUUCAAGGGGCCCCGCGCUUUUGAUUGAUAUGGUAACUAGGCAUAUGGAAAACCGUGUGAUCGUGGCGUGAGGGCCCCGCACAUGCCCUUUGCCUCGGGCCCCGCGGGGGCUAAGAACGGGCCUGCACCCAGAUGUGUAAAGAAAUUGUACUAUAUUAUUGUAAUAUCUACACAGUUAUGGCACUUAAGUUGAGGUUCUCAUCUGCAAUUUGAUGAUUAUAUAGGCUCUAAUAUUUCUGUUGAAAAAGUUUCCCAUUAUCCCUUUAUAUGAACAUUUAUAUCUUUCUUGAUAUCUGAACUUUUCACUUUUAUCCAUAACAGAUUAUCAGUUAGCUUUAUCUAUAUUAGAUUAUAUAUCUUCCGUCCAUUUACUGAUUUACUUAUACACAAUUUUACUACUGUCUCCAGCUUAAUUAUCCCUUCACAAUUUGCACUUCAAAUGUGAAUGUCUUCAUAGCUACAGCUCAUUUUCAUCAAUACACCAUUUUGAAUAAGCUAAUGUUCUCCUUAUCUUUAGACACAUUUUUAGCUGCUGUAAAACUUUUUUAAAAACAAAUUCUUUUUCAUAAGACAAAAUCAAAAGGGGGCUGUAGGUUCAGAUUGUCUGCAGUCACAAACCUCUGUGGAUGUGGAGCCUGUUAAAAGUGCUGGACUAGCUCAGCAUGAUGCACGUCCUCAAUUGCUGCACUCUAGAUAAUUUUUGUCUUUGUCCUUAAUCCCUUAUUGUGAUAAUUAGUCCUUAUUUGUGAUAUGUGAUACAUGCAGUCUCUGUGAUAGUGAAGUUGGUAUUACACAGACUUAAUAUAUAUAGAUAUUCUAAUAUAACUUUUCAUGUACUUAUAAAUGUCUUCACUUUGUUUUUUUCUUUGUAGCAGUAUAAUCUCUUCUUAGAAAUUUUGCAUAUCUGACUUACUCAGAGCUACUAUAUCUUGUCAUUCUUGUGUUAUUUAUUUGAAAACAGUCAUGUGAUGUAUAAUAGCAAGUUCUUAAGCUGUCUUUUAGAGCGGCUUAUAUUUAGCUUUACAGUUGGCAGUGGACAACUGUUAAUAAGGAAUUGAAAUAAAUCUCUGAGCUGUGACAUAAAUACCUUAUAUUUAACAUGUAUUGAGAUGUCAAAUGUUGUGGCCCUUGUCCAUUUCUACAAAUUUUUAUGAACAUUAAUGUUCUUACAAAACUUAAAAAAGAAUACCUGUAGCAGUAGCAAAUCACGGAAUAUUUGCACCAAUUUUUAUAUUGUACGCCUUGUUGUGAGAGACGUUUAUUUUUUACUGUGAUACAAAGUAUAAAUGUUGAUCAGUGAAAAUUUUGACCUGAUCUAUAUUGAUGUAAUAUAUGCAAUGUGCCUUUUUAUGAGAUCGUUAUGACUGGUGUAGCACUAUAAUUACAAAAGUAGCAGACAUUUGGAUUCAGUAAUUAUUUAGUGACAUUGCACUUCUUCAAGAAGGUUGCACUUAAUUGAAGACAAAUGUAAAAUAAAUAUUUAAUAUGCUGACACGA